AUGGGGCCCCUGCUCUCCGCUCAUGAGGAGUUGGAGCCCACCGGAGCUGCCCCCCGGCUGCCGCAGAGACGCGAGCAACCGCCGGGGUCCCAGCUGCCUCAUCUCCGGGAUCACUACUGCACGCACACCACCUUCACGGGGCCCUGGGACCCUCUGCUGCCUGCCUGGUCCCUUCCCCUCAGCAGAGGAAGGCCAGGCAUCGACUUCCGGGCUGGACCUCUGUGGUCUCUGGUGGGAGUGAGCAGCAGGGCCCAGGCCACAGCGCCCAGUACACAGAUGUGGGCCACUGGUGGAGGGAUCUGGGGCUGGGAUAGAGGCGCUCCGCUGCCCCAGGGAGGACAGACCCAGGCCAGACGGAAUCUGGCAGGCUUGCUGUUGAGGCACAAGGUCAUCCUGCACCAGGUGUGUUUUGACUGUGGGGCCAAGAACCCCAGCUGGGCGAGUAUAACCUACGGGGUGUUCCUUUGCAUCGACUGCUCAGGGUCACACAGGUCACUCGGGGUCCACUUGAGCUUUAUCAGAUCUACUGAGCUGGACUCGAACUGGUCUUGGUUUCAGCUGCGAUGCAUGCAAGUUGGAGGAAAUGCUCACGCAUCUUCCUUUUUCCAUCAACACGGCUGUGCCACCAAUGACACCAAUGCCAAGUACAACAGUCGUGCUGCUCAGCUCUAUCGGGAGAGAAUCAAGUCGCUGGCCUCCCAGGCAACGCGGAAGCAUGGCACUGAUCUGUGGCUUGAUAGCUGUGUGGUUCCGCCUUUGUCCUCUCCACCCAAAGAGGAAGACUUCUUUGCCUCUCAUGCUUCUCCUGAGUGGGAAUCUGUCCUCGGUUGUCAUGUUGCUGCCUCCUUCCUGGAGUCUCUGCGCGAACGUGGACCAGAACAAGGACCAAGUGUGGAAGGUCUUAACGCACCAACAAAGGCUGCUUUAGAGGUGUCCUCUAUCAUAAAAAAGAAACCAAAUCAAGCUAAAAGAGGACUUGGGGCCAAAAAAGGAAGUUUGGGAGCCCAGAAACUGGCAAAUACAUGCUUUAAUGAAAUUGAAAAACAAGCCCAAGCUGUAGAUAAAAUGAAGGAACAGGAAGACCUUCUGGCCAGCGCGGCACCUAAGGAAGAAUCAAUCGUUUCAUCACUGCGAUUAGCCUAUAAGGAUCUUGAGAUUCAAAUGAAGAAGGACGAGAAGAUGAACAUGAGUGGCAAAAAAAAGAUAGAGUCAGAGAGACUCGGCAUGGGGCUCGGAAACUGCAGGAGUGGUAUUUCACAUUCCGUGACUUCAGAUAUGCAGAUCAUUGAGCAGGAGACGCCGAUCAUAGCAAAAUCAAGAAAGAAGUACAGUGAUGACAGUGGUGACCCAUAUUUUACUUCCAGCUCAAGGUACUUUGACGAGCCGAUGGAGUUAAGGAGCAGUUCUUUUUCUAGCUGGGAUGACAGUUCAGAUUCCUAUUGGAAAAAAGAGACCAUCAAAGAUACGGACACUAUCCUGAAACCCACGGGCUAUUCAGACAGACCUACUGCCCGCCGUAAGCCAGACUAUGAGCCAGUUGAGAACACAGAUGAAGCCCAGAAGAAGUUUGGCAAUGUCAAAGCCAUUUCAUCAGAUAUGUACUUUGGAAGACAAGCCCAAGCUGAUUAUGAAACCAGGGCUCGGCUGGAGAGGCUUUCGGCGAGUUCCUCCAUAAGCUCAGCGGAUCUGUUUGAUGAGCAGAGGAAGCAGACGGCAGGAAGCUACAACCUCACGAGCGUGCUGCCCACUGCGCCUGACAUGGCCCAGUUUAAGCAGGGAGUGCGAUCCGUUGCUGGAAAGCUCUCGGUCUUCGCUAACGGUGUCAUGACUUCCAUUCAGGAUCGCUACGGUUCUUAG